AAUAUUCUUAAAAUAUAUGGAAUAUCUCAAAAUCCAAAUACAGAAGAGUAUAUUAUGGUUCUUGAAUAUGCAGAAGGUGGAAAUUUCAAUAGUUAUUUAAAGGAAAAGUGUGUAGUUUUUGAUUGGUCUAAUGGAUUAAAAAUAUUAAUUAAUAUUAUUGAAGGUCUUCAUAAAAUUCAUCAAAAACAAAUAGUUCACCAUGAUUUUCAUACUGGGAACAUAUUAUUUACAAAAUGUGAUAAUUAUGUUGGUUUAUAUAUUGCAUGUAUUUCUGAUAUGGGAUUAUGUAAAAAAGUUAAUGUUAUGCCUUAUGUAGCUCCUGAAGUGUUAAAAGGAAAUCCUUAUACUCCAGCAGCAGAUAUAUACAGCUUUGGUAUGAUUAUGUAUGUCAUAGCAACUGCAAAACAACCUUUUGCCAAUUGUGCUCAUGAUGAGGUUCUAGCAUUAAAUAUAUGUAAUGGAAUUAGACCUGAAAUAAAUGAUCAAAUUGCACCAAAAUGUUAUAUUGAUUUAAUGAAAAGGUGUUGGGAUUCAAAUCCAGAUAAUAGACCAAAUUCAGUUGAAAUAAAAGAAUUGAUUGACCUAUUUGGCUAUUCAUUAAAUCAAUAUUAUAUCAUGAAACAACAAAUACAUCAUGAAAUUGAAAAACAAUUUAAUGAGACACAAGAAUAUAGAAAAGAAAAUUUUUUAUCAAUAAAAAAUAAUCAAUUAACUACUCAUACACAAGCUAUUUAUACAUCUCGAUUACUUAAUCCUUUUACAAAAAAUCUUCUAAAAUAUAAUGAUAAUAUUAAUAGUAAUACAGUAGAAGUUACUGAUUUUACAAACUUAUAAGUUAUAACCAUUUUUUGUAAAAAAAAUGAUAGUUUAAAUUAUAAGAAAAUAAAUGUAUUAAACUACUAAUAAAUGACAUAAAUAUGAAUAGCAGAAAUUAUUUUGACUAAAUUUAUGAUAUAUCCUUUCAGUUAAUAUUUACUUUUAGGAAAAAUUUAGUAUACUUUUUUUCAUAAAUUAUUUAUUAUUAGGUAGCAGUUUUAUAUUUACUAGUUUUUGUUUAACACUGAUUAUAGAGUAAUAUGUAAAACUUUUUUACAUAAUAAAAAUCAGUUUGUAAUUAAAC